AUGGAGUCAUCCCCCACGGCCGACGACUCCAGAAUCCGCGCUGGGGAUGUCCCGGCUAGCAACACGGCCCAGGCCCACACCUCUGCAGAGGACAGUCCCCUGCGCAGCUGUAUGACGCGGCAACGUGUGGAAGAGGACUGUCAUGGUGGCACUUGUGAGGGUGCCUUGCGGGAGGAAGAUGCUGCCAGCAAACAAAUGCAGAAGAUUAAGAAGUGUUGCAGUAAGUGUGGCAAAAUCUUGGAUGUUAAAGAAUCACAAAACCACACUGGCGAGCCUGUUGUAGAUGACUACAAAAAGAUGGGAACACUUUUUGGUGAACUGAAUAAAAGUCUUAUCAACAUGGGCUUCACGAGGUUGUAUUUUGGAGAACGAAUUGUGGAACCAGUAAUAGUUGUUUUCUUUUGGAUUAUGCUGUGGUUCCUCGGCAUACAAGCCCUCGGACUAGUUGCUGUUCUUUGCCUUGUCAUUAUUUACGUGCAACAGUAAAACAUGGCCGAAUGAACUGUUGUUUGACAUUUGGUAGCCAUGUUAUGUAACUGAGGAAUUUAUAUAUUUCACUGUAUGAAAGCUGAAAUUUUUUAACUUGUUUUAAAUCGUGUAUUGGCUAUUUUUAAAUUAAAUUUGUAAAUGGAUGUUGUCUAAAAUUAAACUUAACUCUUGAUUACUAUAGGGUUGAAUAUACAAUUUGUAGCUUAUUCAGAACUGUGGUUUAAUUACUGUGAUAUGUGCCCACUUUUAGACACCCCUACCUACACCCCAAAUCUUAAAUAACAUCACCAAAAAGCAAGCAAGGAAAAUAAAGGAUAUGAAACUUAAAUCGGUGAGUAUAGUUCUUAUAAAGACCUUUAAUAAAACAUUUUAGAAAAAAAAAUGAAACAAGGCACUAAAAGUAAGUUUUAAUUGGAGAACUGCUCUCCACUCACUCCCAUCCCCACCAAAUAAUUUCAUAUUAUUUCAGAAACACUUGGGUUUCCAUUGUCCCCGCUCAAUACAAAACAAUGUAAAUGAUAAUUACCAUACACUACCUUAAUAUUGGCGAUGAAAGUCAGUGAAGCUAACAUGUUUUCUAAAGAUUGAAAAAAUAUAUCUAUUUAUUAUUGCUGAGGAAACUUCCCAAGUUAAAUGUAACUUUUUUAUAAGGUAACACUUGGGCCUGGAAUGACUUCUGUAUACCAUUUUAGGUUUUAGAGAAUUUUGGUGCUAAUUACUUUUUGUGAAUUUUUUAAGUCUCAUGAGCCAGGUCCAUAAUUGGCUGCACUCUAUAGUAAUGCUAUAUUUUCUUGUAUCUAACAAGCUGCAUAUUUUUUCCUAGAGAAACAUUUUCAGUGUUUUUUUCCCAGAAAUUUACAAUUUUAUAGUUCUUUUAUAGCAAUUAUUCUAAAAUUUAAAACAGUGUAUUUCCUAUCGUGGCAUAAAUUUUUUUUCCCCCAAAAUUGACUUAUUUUAAGGCUGAAAUAUUUUCUUAUUCUUUUAAGAAAAAAAUUAGCUCUUUUUUUUUUGAUAUCUAUUGGAAAAUAUAGUAUAACAAUAUAAAAUCAAAUGUUUAAAUUUGGAAUGUAGCGGUCAAUUGUAAUAAUAUUACUUUUAGGCUAGAACCAAGUAAGUAAUUGGCUAGCCAUGUUACUAAUGUGUCUCAAUUCAGCACUGUG